AUACCAUUUCCUAUAAGAAGAAACGAAUUGGGAAGAAAAAAAAAAUAUACCCGUUACUCUUCAAUAGCCUACAAACAUUUUAAGUCGGUGUACAACAGAUCAGAGAAACAAUCUCAGAACCAUGGUUUCUGAAGCAGCACCAAAGCUUCCCGUUAUUGACUUGAGCAAGGAAACUAUGAAGCCUGGUUCAAGCUGUUGGGUCGAAGCCUGUGGCUAUGUCAGGCAAGCACUGGAAGAAUAUGGUUGUUUUGUAGUAGAGUAUAAGAAAUUGUCUCCAGAGCUUCGCAGUGGAGUGUUUGAUGUCUUAAAGGAGUUGUUUGAUCUCCCUACUCAAGUCAAAAUGCAAAAUAAAUGCCAAAGGCCCUUGAUUAGCUAUCUGGGAAAUGAUCCCAGGAUUCCACUCCAUGAAAGCCUGGGCAUUGAAGAUGUUGAAACUCUUGAGGCAGCUCAGAAGUUCACGACUCUCAUGUGGCCUAAUGGAAAUGAUCGUUUUUGUGAAUAUCUUCAUGCAUACGGGAAGCUAGUGACAGAGCUGGAUCAAAUGGUGACGAGAAUGAUAUUUGAAAGCUAUGGUGUAGAGAAACACCAUGAGCCAUAUGUUGAGGCUACAUGUUAUGUUCUUCGACUGUUGAAAACUAGAUCACCCAAAGAGAACGAGAGUAAUUCUGGGUUAGGAAUCCACACAGACAUUAGUUUCACCACCAUACUUCAUCAGAAUCAAGUUAAUGGCUUAGAGGUGGAUACCAUGGAUGGCCAGAGAAUUAAUGUCGAGUUUUCUGCUUCAUCCUUUGUUGUCAUGGCUGGUGAUGCCUUAAUGGUAUGGAGUAAUGAGAGAAUAAAAUCUCCGAAGCACCAAGUGAUAAUGAAUGGGAAGGUAGACAGAUUUUCAAUGGGGCUAUUCACCUUCAACAAUGGAAUAUUAAAGGUACCUGAAGAGUUGGUUGAUGAAGAACAUCCUCUCAAGUACAAGCCAUUAGAUCAUCUGGGUUUCCUUCAUUUCUUCCACAAAACCAGGCGUCCUAUUAAAGAUUACUGUGGCAUUUGAAAAUUCUCAUUAUAUUUCAUCUACCUUGUGAUAAUUUUAUAACAAAUAUUGUUCGAUGAUGCAAUAAAUUUGAAUAUUAAUAGUGUAAU